AUGGAUCGUUUAAUGUUGGAUCUUUGUUAUUAUCGUGGAAUUGGAGUUGAAAGGAUGGACAUAAGAUGGGUGACACAUUUGGAAGAUAAUUUUAGAUAUUGUGGAAUUGGUGUUGAAAGGAUGAACUUAAGAUG